ACAACUCAAAGCUUUCUUGUGCUUUCAGGAUUUUAAAUAAUUCUCUCUUCAUCUUUUGCUGCUCAUCUUCAUUAAAACAUCAUGACUAUUCGUGUUCCUCGUAUAAUCAAGAAGUCAUCGACAUCCUUGGAUGUCCCCAAGGGCCAUUUUGCUGUUUAUGUUGGGGAGAAGCAGAGGAAGAGAUUUGUGAUACCGAUAUCAUACUUGAGCCAACCAUCAUUUCAAGACUUGCUAAGUCAAGCAGAGGAAGAAUUUGGCUUCGACCAUCCAAUGGGUGGUGUCACAAUUCCCUGUCCAGAAGCUAUCUUCAUUGAAAUCACUUCUCAGUUUAGGAUUUGAGAAUAUAGUUGAGAUUAUUUUUUCCUUUUUAUAGGUCUCACAAUUUUGUAUACAAAACCACGAGAUCUGUCUUGUACAGUUGAUUAGUUAGAAGUGAUUCGUAGCAACCACAAAGUUUGGUGCUUUUUUAAUCACAAGACAAUACUUCAAUGAAUACAGAUACCAAAAUUUGUUUCUCUCAACGAAAUGUUGGACGAUAAAUUUUUCUUGUUGUGCUGAAACCAUUCAACUUAUC